AUGUAUAAAAAUAAACAAAAAUUUCGAAAUAGAAAAAAAUAAUUAGAAGAUUAAAAAUUUAAUAUUAUUAUAACAUACUCUAAAAAUUAAAAUAUAAAAUAAAACACUAAAAAAAAUAUUAAUAAAUAAAAUAUAUUAAUUAAAAUAUAUUUUCUUAAUAUAAAAUAAAUAAAUAUUUUAAAUUAAAAAAAAAUGAUUAUUGGAGGUUCUCAUAGAGGUUCUAGAUCAUCUCAAAUAGUUCGAAACUUCGAAGCCUUAAAACAAUAGGUUCAAAUAAAUAACUAACUUCGUUAAGAAAGACAAAGCAAUUAACCUAAUAUACAUUUAGACGCUAAAGCAUAUCCAGCAACUAAGGAAUAUGCAGCAGGUAAUCGUGCUCCUUUAUUAAAUUACGAAAUUGAUUUACAUAAUAACGAAUAAUAAUUAUCAAAUAUAAAUUUUAUAGAUGCAACUAAUCAAAAAAAAGAUUAAGAAGUUCAAAAAGGAGAAACAUUGAAAAAAAAAGCCGCUGCUAAUCUCGAUUCUUAAGUAUAUGAUGACCAUCGUAUAUCUUUAGAAGCCUUAAAAGAAAAAUAUCAUACAGAUUAUGAAAAUGGAAUAACCGAAGUUUACGCAAUAGAAUAAAAUAAAAUUCACGGAGAUAAUAUAUUAACAGCUAAAGAAAAGAGUUCUCUUUUGCUGAAAUUUAUACAUGAAAUUACUAACGCCUUCGCAUGUUUAUUAUGGGCAGGAGCUGGUUUGUGUUUCCUUUCUUAUGGAUUAGAUGAAUCAGAUCCUUCUAAUUUAUAUUUAGGGAUAGUUUUAAUUGCCUUAAUUAUUGUUUCUGGAACAAUUACUUUUUAAUAAAAUUUAGCUUCGGAAGCACUUAUGGAUUCUUUUAAAAGUUUUUUACCUUCAAAUUGCACUGUUAUUCGUGAAGGAAAGACUCAAGUUAUUCUCGCAGCUAAGCUUGUAUGUGGAGAUAUAGUUAAAGUUAAAGCUGGAGAAAAGAUUCCGGCUGAUAUAAGGAUUCUGUAAAGUGCAGAAAUGAAAGUUGAUAAUUCCCCUUUAACAGGAGAAGCUGAGCCUUAAUUAAGAACUAAUAUCUGUACCCAUCCCGAUAAUCCACUAGAAACUGCAAAUCUGGCUUUUUUCGGUACUCUAUGUAAAGAAGGAUAAGCAAAAGGCAUUGUAGUAAGAAUUGGAGAUUCUACAACUUUAGGUUAAAUUGCAAACUUAACAUAAAAUGACUAAAAAGCGAAAUCACCUUUAAGGCAAGAGUUAGAUUUAUUGGUAAAAUACGUAAUUAUUUUAGCUUGUAUUCUUGCUUUUUUAUUCUUCAUUUUAGGUUGGUAAGUUAUCGGAUACCCAGUAUUGCCUUGUGUCCUUUUCGGGAUAGGAAUCCUUGUUGCAAACGUACCGGAAGGUUUAAUGGGAGAAGUUACCAUCUGUUUAGCUAUUACAGCUAAAAUUUUAGCUGCUAAAAAUGUAUUGGUGAAAAAUCUAGAGGCAGUAGAAACUUUAGGAUCUACUUCUUGUAUAUGUACUGAUAAAACUGGUACUUUGACACAAAAUAUAAUGACAGUAGAGAACUUGUGGUAUAAUCAAAAUGUAAUAAAAGCAAUAAAUAAAAGCCUUGUUACAUAAGCCUAACCAUAAUUAUAUGAUGAAAACAAUACCUGUUUUUAAGCUUUGCAUAAAGCCGCAAUUCUCUCUAGUGAAGCCAAAUUCGAUAUUUCUAACGAUUUAAAUAAAGAUAAUAUAGAUUAUAAGAAAUGCUCAGCUAUAGGUGAUGCAACAGAGACAGGAAUUAUUAGAUUCUAUCAAUAUAUCGAAGACAUAGAAAGUACACGUAAAAAAAUAAAUAUCGCGAAACAAAUAGAUGGGCAAGAGGCUAGAAUGCCUUUUAAUUCAACUGUAAAAUUUGCUUUAGUUGUUGUAGAGGAAUAAACGGAAAACAGCGAUUAUUGCAUUUAUAUAAAAGGAGCUCCUGAGAAAAUAUGGACUUUUUGUUCAAAAGUACUAAACAAUAACCAAACAGAAUAAUUAGAUGAAUAAUGGGAACAUUAAUUUCAAAAAAUAAAUGAUUAAUUCGGAAAACAAGGCUAAAGAGUAUUAGGAUUUGCUAAAUUAAAUUUACCAAGAAUAUCUUAUCCCUUAAAUAAGUGUCAAUUUUAAGUUUCUACUGUUGAAAAAUAUAAUUUCUAAAUGUCUGAUUUCACCUUUUUAGGUUUAAUUUCAUUGAUUGACCCUCCCAAAACUAGAGUCCCAGCUGCCAUAUUAGAAUGUAGGUCUGCCGGAAUAAAAGUAAUAAUGGUGACAGGCGAUUAACCACCUACAGCAGCUGCUAUAGCCCGCUAAGUAAAUAUAAUACCUAAAAGAAUAAAAACCAAUAUCGAAAUAAUGGAAGAAGAAAAGCUAGAUUGGGAUUCCGCAGUAGAAAAAUGUAAAGCAAUAGUAGUCCAUGGAGAUUAAAUAGUGAAAUCUUUAAAUAAAGAAGUUCUUGAGGGAAUACCCGAAUUCACUUACCUUAGACAAUGGGUAAAAAAGCCAUAUUGUGUAUUCGCCAGAACAACUCCUGCAUAAAAACUUUAAAUAGUAAAAGCUUGCUAGGCUGAAGGACAUAUUUGUGCAGUUACAGGGGAUGGUGUUAAUGAUUCUCCGGCAAUAAAGCAAGGUGACAUAGGAAUUUCAAUGAACCUUUCAGGAUCUGAUGUUACUAAAGACUCCGCUGAUAUGAUUUUAUUAGAUGAUGAUUUCGCUUCAAUAGUUUGCGGAGUUGAAGAAGGUAGAAAAAUUUUCGAUAAUUUAAAAAAGGCAGUAGUAUAUGUAAUUACAACUAAUAUUCCUGAAAUCUUUCCUUUUACAGCUUUUAUCUUUUUUUAAUUACCCCUUCCAUUAUCUAAUAUUUUCAUGAUUAUUCUCUGUGUAGGUACUGAUAUAGUUCCUGCAAUUGCUUUAGGUUAUGAAUUUGCUGAAAUAGAUGUAAUGACUAGAAAACCUCGUAAAAAAUCUGAACAUUUGGUAUCUAUGAAAAUUGUUGUUCAUGCAUAUUUGCUUAUGGGGCCUAUUGCCUUUGGAGGAGGCUGUGCAGCUUAUUUUACAACUAUGAAUUAAUUAGGUUUUCCUCUUAAAUCCUUAUUUGGAAUGGCUAUUAGAGAUGGAAUACAUAAACCACCAGCUGGUGAUUUCUAAGAUGGAGGUUUUUGUAAAAACACAUAUAAAAAUGAUUGUGCGUAUUUUAAUAAAGAAUUUAUGAACGAAAACUCUCUAAACUGUAUGGAAGAUCUUAAUAAUCCGAAAAUCUCUACUUGGAAAGUUAAUUGGCUUUCAGACUAAGAUGGACAAUUCGAUUUAAGAAAAGGGUUCAUUUAUUGUAAUAAAAGUACUGGCCUAUGGACUCCUCAAGUCGCUUUUAAUUAUUGUAAUAAAGAAAAUAACAUUUCUCCAAUUAGUGGGGUUACAGCCUGUUAUACUACUGAUGCUUUGAAAUAUGGAUAAUCGGCUUGGCUCGUGGCUGUUAUUUUCUUUUAAAUUUCUAAUGUUUUCGCUUGUAAAUCUAGAAGAAACCCCUAUUAUCUUACCCCUCCUAAUAAAGUUAUUUUCAUAGGCAUUCUAGUAGAAAUUUUAAUUGCUGUUUUCUUGCUUUAUGUUCCUGGCGUUUAAAAAGUUUUCGGAGCAAGACCACUUACUUGGUGGUAAUUUGCUAUGCCUGCUUUGCCUUUUUCUAUUGCUGUUAUGUUAUGGGAAGAAACUAGGAAGUUUUUAGUUAGACGCUUUCUUUGGUUCGAAAAAUAUUCAUUCUGGUGA